UAUAAAGAGGGUGAGGAUUUGGUAACAUUCAUACGGACACCAGUGCGAGUGAACCAUGGGAGUCCUUUAUGAUCUUCGGCUGGUGUCUCUAGCCGUAUUGAUGCUGGCGUUUCACCUGGACUUUGGCAAAGCUGACGUCCGAGUGUUUGAUAUUCACGCCAUGGACCUCUCUGGAGAUGUCAUCGGAAACAAGCCCGAUCCGUAUAUCAAGAUCUGGUGUGGCUCUACUUUUGGAGGGAUGACGGAGUUUCUCAACGGUACUAAUAAUCCUGAGUGGUCUGCAGAGUUCAGCUUCCCCAUAUGCAAAGCUACUGAGAUCCUGAAGCUGGAGGUGUGGGACAAAGAUCUGUUUUUUGAUGAUAAAUUGGGCACAUGUACUAGAACCGUGCAGUAUGGGUCAUUUGACAUUCCUUGUCAUCUGUCAAAAGGAACUCUGUUCUACAAGUAUGAGUUGAGAUGAUUUGUACCAAAGCUUAUUUGAGACAAAUUUCCACUGCAAGUAGAUUGAUGGUAAUAAAAAAUGUCUUGAUCGCUCUGCAGAGUAUGUUUUCGCAUUGAUAUGCAAAUUAUCAGCCCUCUUCUUUUUCACAUAUUUUCCCAAAUGAUGUUUAACAGAGCAAGGAAUUUUUCACAGUAUAAUAUUGUUUCUUCUGGAGAAAGUCUUAUUAGUUUUAUUUCAGAUAGAAUGAAAGCAGUUUCUACUUUUUUCAAUAUUAUUAGCUCCCUUCAACAGUAUUUGUUUUCGAUUGUGUACAGAGCAAACCAUCUUUAUACAAUGAUUUGCCUAACUACCCUAGUUAAGCCUUUAAAUAUCACUUUAAGCUCAAUACUUGUAAAUUGAAAACUAUAAAGCCAAAUAUUAUGUCCUGUCAUCAUGGCAAAGAUAAAAGAAAUCCGUUAUUAGAAAUGAGUUACUAAAACUGUUAUGUUCUUUCUAUUAAACAGAAAUAGGGGGAAGAAAAUAUACAAGGAGACUAAUAAUACUGACUUCAGCUGUAUGCUUGGUUGAAAUUGAAUGCUAAUGUAUUUCCUCAUUUGUUAAACGCUUUCAAUCUGUUCAUUAAAAAUGCUGAUAAAAGCUU